CCAAAACUCACGAGCCUUAACUGCUGUGUAGUUUCACAAAUCUGGGUGCGUGCAGAGUUCUGCUUCAACGGGCCCUCGUGUGACUUGCAACUCCGGGCACCCAAGGACCCUUAUUCUUGGUCGCGAGAUCCGCAAAUGCAUAGAUAACCCAAUCCGUACACGCUGUAAUUGACGGCGGCUAUAGACCAUGAAGUGCGAGGUGCCUGGGCCGGGUGGCGCGCUUCCACCGUGGAACUCUCCUACUGCGGGAGGAGCUGCUUUGGGAGCAGUAGCUGCCUUAGCGCUUUGGCAAGCUCACUACCACAGCAACGUGGCAGUGCCUCCGCGGCUAUGGGUUGCCGACGGACCUCUGCGCGAGCGGGUUCUGCCCCACUGCAGCACGCUGCUCAAGCCGUUUGCCCCGACGCCCUGGGCCGCCAACAAGCACGCGCAGACCAUCCUGGGACUGAUGCGGACGCUCACCAUGCGCAACCACUACAACCGGCAGCUCAUUCUCACUGUGGAUGGCGCCACACUGGGUUUGGACUGGUUUGAUGGCUGUGACGCAGCCGCCUACCGCGCCCCCGCCUCUGCGGCGACAUUCAGCCACCAGCACCACCACAGCGGCAGCACCGGCGGAAGCGGCCCUCAGCGCCCGCAGCAGGCUCCCAUAGUGCAAUGCAGCAGCAGCGCCACAGGUAAUACCUUCACUAGCAACGGCGCAGGGUCCUCGCCCCCAGGCGCUGUGGCAGCGGUGGUGCAAGCGGCGGCUUCGUCAACACCGGCCGCCGCCGCCCAACCGCCGCCGCACUCCCCACCACGCACCGCAACAGCUACCAUCACCGGUCCACCAGCCGCGGCUGCGACCAGCGCACACGACACCACGACGGCACCACGUGACAGUAACAACAGGCGCGCGAGCAGUCCACCGAAUGCCGGUGGAGGCGGCGGCGGCGGCGCGCUGUCGGCCACCGCGCCCAUUCUAUUGGUGUGCCACGGCAUUAAUGGCGGCUCCCAUGAGGGCUACGCCAAGUGGGUGUGUGCGGCGGCGGUGGCGCGCGGCUGGCGGGCGGUAGUGCUUAACUACCGCGGCUGUAACGGGCUGCCGUUCACGGCGCCGCGCGGCUACGCGGCCACGCUGAGCCACGACGUGUACACAGCCGUGUAUUCGGUGCGCGCUCGCUUUCCGGGCGCCCCGGUGUUUGCUGUGGGCUACUCGCUUGGCGGCCUGAAGCUGACAAAGUACCUGGGCGAAGCGGACGCGGGGUUGCAUGUGCCGCCGCCCGGCGCGCCACGCCUGUUCGCCGGCAGCGGUCUGGACGCGGCGGCGGUGGUGUCCUCGCCGGUCAGCCUGUGGCACAGCAGCGCCAACCUGGCGGACACCUCCUCGCUCAACUUCAUGUACAACCUGGCGGUGGCCUACAAGCUGCGCGAGCACCUGUCGCACCACAAGGCCGAGAUCCAGGCGCUCACACGCUUUGACGUGGAGUCGGCGCUGGCGGCCUGGACGGUGGGCGAGAUCGAGGACCGCGGCCUGCCCGCCUCCUUUGGCUUCUCCAGCCGUCAGCAAUACUACGAGGUGGCGGGCAGCCUGGACUACAUCCCCGCCAUCACCACGCCCACGCUCAUGCUGCUGGCGGAGGACGACCCAUUCCUGGGCGUUAUCCCCGACGCGGAGUGCUCGCGCAACCCCAACACCCUGCUCGCGGUCACGCGACGCGGCGGCCACGUAGCCUUCCUGCAGGGCGCCUGGCCUCUGGGCAAGGCCUACAUGGACGACGCCGUCACCGAGUUCUUUGAUGCCACACUUAAACAUCUGCAUGAACCACAUGGCGCGUCAGGGCAGUUGGGGGCGGGAGCGGGUGGAGCAGCAGGAGCAGCAGCUGCAGCGGGAGCGGGAGCUGCGGCGACGGCCGCGGGCUGGCAGCGGAGCGGGACCGUAGGGGCGCCGGUAGCAGUGUCGGAUGCCGCACGUGCGGCGGCUACGGCGGGGGCUGCAGCUGCAGCCGCUAGGUCGUGUGCGUCGGCGUCUUCCUGCUGCAGCAAUGCGGCAUGGCGGUCACCGGGAGCCGCCACAGCGGAGGGCGCUGCUGGCAACGACGCGGCAUCCAGGGCGAAGGCGGCGGCUGCGGCGGCCGCGGAGGCAGCGAAGCGUGCGGAGGCGGAGGCGGCUGUUGUGGCACGGAAGGUGGAGGUGGCAGAGCGUGCGGCGGCACAGGUUCGGCUGCUGAUGCACCUGCAGGUGCAGCAGGAGCAGCAGCGGGUGCUGCAGGCCCUAGCAGCGGCCGAGGUGGUUGACGCUGAAGAUGCAGCUAAAUCGGGAAAGGCUGGUGCUCAGAACGGGCGCAUUCGGUCACGGCUGUGAGGCAGUCGUUCGUAGCAGCAGGGUUGGGAGAUACUUCUUCAUGAACAAUGCAGUUUUGUUAUGUUCUUUUUGUUGCAAGCAUGUGUUAAUGCCUAUUGCAUGUAAAUAGGUGGCAGGGAAAAUUCCAGGGGGGGGGGGCGAAGCCCCCCAGGAACACCCCUGUCCGUGGCUGGUGGCUGGUGCGUCGGCAAAACAUAGCAUACUGGCGUGUGCUUAGUAGGCGCCCGCGUCAAGGUGGCGGGGUUGAUAACGACCCGGGAUCAGCCCUUUUCCUGCCAUAAGGCAGCCACCUCCUUGUUGUUGCAAGCAGUGGCGCAUAGUGCCGAUGCCGUUUGACGGACCAGCGAGCCAAGGGGAACCACACGCGCGUAAACGUAGUCCUUCCGUGCCAUGUAGGCAGGAGGUGCGGCAGGCAUGCGUGAUCAGUGCCAAGACUGUAGGUACUGUGAAGCUGAGCUGAUGGAUGACAUGUGUGUCACAAAGGUGAUUGGAGUACGGUAGAUGGUUUGGCGUACCUUGAAUAGCACUGCCGGAGGCUACCGCUGGUGUUCAGGGCGGUCAUGCUAGAAGCCAAGCGGCACAGAUGUGCGGGCGAAACGCAUUUUAUGGUACGUUCCCUACUUCCCUGGGGUUGCUUCCACUGAAUGACGGGCGCAGUGAGUGAAGACUAUCUGCGGCGUACUUUCUUUGCGGUGUGUCUGGCGGCGCCAACAACUUGGGUCAACUUCAGCUGGAGUAGUGACGCGCGCAACACACCUAAGGUCCAAAGCUAGCACGCGGAAUGGUGGCGUGCGCCAGCAGUGGCGCGCGCUAUGCACGUGGACGGCUCCAGCGCUAUCUUUGGGAUGUUUGGAUUUUCGACGGACUUCGACGGCGAGGACGGGCGGUGCCCGGUCCGGCGCGCCGGCUGCUCAGUUGGCCGCCAGACAUGUACGGUUGAAGAGCCCU